CUUCGGAGAGAAUAGCUCCGCCCCUCUUGGGGCCUGAAUGAAUUUGGACACGUUAGCUAAAAGUUUGUGAUGUCUCUCACAUUGCCGGAAAUCCUCAAGCCUGUUUUUUUUAGUUGUCUGGUUUUUCAGAGGUGUAACUAAUUUUCAUAUACUCCUUCUUGUUUAGUGGAGAAAACACAUAUCAGAACGCCAAGCAUUUUUAUUCUUUUCUGAGAUUUUUGCCUAUUUUGAAUCAGGCACUUGAAAAAGCACCACAGGAAGCGGUCGCCCCUCCGGCUGAAAAGCCAAGCCGCGGCUGAGUCUUUUGGUGACGGUAACCGCCGCACAAGUUGGGCGUUUUGCUGCCGGGUCUGCUCCCUCCUCAGCUCCAGUGAUGCCGGGCCCUACUCCCAGCGGUACCAACGUGGGCGCCUCGGGCCGGUCUCCCAGCAAAGCUGUGGCCGCCAGGGCCGCGGGGUCUACAGUCAGACAAAGGAAAAAUGCCAGCUGUGGGACCAGGAGUGCAGGCCGUACUACUUCAGCAGGCACAGGGGGUAUGUGGAGAUUCUACACUGAAGAUUCCCCUGGGCUCAAAGUUGGUCCUGUUCCAGUAUUGGUAAUGAGUCUUCUGUUCAUUGCUUCAGUGUUUAUGUUGCAUAUCUGGGGCAAGUACACACGUUCAUAGACUCGGCUGCAUCCAUCUUUCUGUCAGCAAUUGUAUUCUGGACCAAAAGCAUGGUGGACUUUAUAUGCAUGAAGAGAGACCUUUUUUGAAAGCUUACUGUUUUAUAAGGAACUUAAAAAAAAUUACAAGUUGAUUUUCAAGACCUUUUUUAAUUUGUCUAUAAUGAACUUUAAAAUUUUCUUUAUAUCCUAACUCUGUUUUCUGAAGCCCAUCCUGUCACAGUUUUCAUCUGCCUAAAGAUUUACAGAUCAGGCAUAAUAAAAUGACAAGUACAAAUGGAA